CGUGUCUCUUUGAGAGUCGUGUGUGCGCUGAAAAUGGCCGUGUUUUAACCAGAUUUAUCAAGCCAUAUAAUUUCAAACGUAAAUUUUUCCCGCUUAUCUCGCUUGCCGUUUCGUAUUGAAACUGGUUCUAUUCUGUGAUAUUACUUCAAUAUUGUUGUACACCGAGUGUCAUUUAUUCAGUGCCGUGCCUUCGACAGGCUGCUGGAUAAGAUGACUAUUGGUACCGAUUGGUCGAUUAGAUUUUGGAGGUUCUAAAGUGGUUAAUUUUUCAUUCAAUCUUGGAUGUCUGGAAGAAAUGAAGGGCCUAGCCCUUGAUGACCCACACCGACUGGCGACGAGUAUCGGUACUGGCUCGCUAGACACCAUUGAAGAUUAAAUCCGUCAAGAUGCGGGAGAGAUUUGUGACGAUACCUCGACGUGUCGAGGGGGUCUGAAUAUCACAAGUAUUGGUUCAAUUCGGUUCCUGCCUAGGAAUCAAGUCGAGGAUGUUUACUGAUUUACUUUUGUACACGUGAAAAGAUAAAUUUACUGGACUGUACUAAUUUUUUUUUUUUUUUAAUGUUUGUAUUAACGUUACAUUUGAUGAUAUGUCCUACAACGUUUGUGACAUUUCACGUCUGCGUUAUGAAUCAUCUUUGUUAUUGAUUAUAAUUACUGUCUUGCGCUUUAUAUGAAAUAAUAUAACAAGGUCCUGUAUUAAUUAUUCAAUAUAAGUCUUAUAGUCAUUUGCCAGAAGCCUGACAUGCUUCAAUCAAUUAUAUGGACCAAGUCAAUUUAGUUUAUUUCUUAGUCAAGUUUUAGGGUGUAAUAAGUUCAACAUGUCGUUUUUAUCAAAUUUGAAAAAAGCAUUCCACUUCGGUGGCAAUGACGCGAAGAAGAAAAAGUUGUUCAAUAAUAUUAAAAUGGAUUGCGACCCGGAAGAAUUUUGGGAAAUGAUCGGAGAACUUGGAGACGGUGCUUUUGGCAAAGUCUACAAGGCACAGAGUAAACAGACUCAGCAAUUGGCUGCAGCUAAAAUGUGUGCAUUAGAAGGUGAGGAUGACCUUGCAGAUUUCAUGAUUGAAAUUGAUAUACUCUCAGAGUGCAAGCAUCCAAACAUCGUGGAAUUACACGAGGCCUAUUUUAUGGAGGGAAAACUGUGGAUGUUGAUCGAGUACUGCGACGGCGGUGCCUUGGAUUCGAUAAUGGUUGAACUGGAAAAGGCUUUGACCGAGCCACAGAUAGCUUAUAUAUGUCAACACAUGACACAAGGACUGGCCUUUCUUCAUAAAGCCAAAGUUAUUCACAGAGACCUUAAGGCUGGCAAUGUUCUCCUCACUAUGGCAGGCGGCGUUAAACUGGCCGACUUUGGGGUUUCCGCAAAAAAUAAGCACACCCUCCAGAAGCACGACACAUUCAUUGGAACGCCUUAUUGGAUGGCACCAGAGGUUGUUCUGUGCGAAACGUUUAGGGACAAUCCUUAUGACUUCAAAGUUGACAUAUGGUCGCUGGGCAUUACGUUGAUUGAAUUCGCUCAAAUGGAACCCCCCAAUCAUGAGAUGUCACCGAUGCGAGUUCUGCUGAAAAUCCAAAAAAGUGAUCCUCCAAGGCUUGAUCAGCCUGGGAAAUGGAGCAAGGAUUUCAACGAGUUUGUUGCCAAGGCGUUGAUAAAGGAUCCUGCGGCACGACCUACAGCCGACGAGUUACUUAAACAUCCAUUUGUCAAUCGUACUCUGGAUUCCAAGCCCGUCCGUGACCUGUUACUCGAAUAUAAGGCUGAUGUGGUUGAAGAGGAACUCCUCGACGAAGAUGCUGAGGAGCAGCGCACAUCGCAACUGCCGCUGGAGCUGGACCAACUUGGAGAUGACUCCGCCUCCCUGCGCAGCGACAACGACGUUAAAUCAGCUGAGAAGGAGAAUGUCGCUGCACCAUCUGUGCCACACGAAAGGGAAGAGAGUAAUAAGAGGGAGGGUGAGCGCGAGGGUGAAAAAGAAGAAAGAAACAAAAAGUUGCGAAAAGCUGAUUCCAAAGAGAACAUUUCUGUAUCUGUUGAGAAAAAGUUGGCACCCAAGCCACCUGUGGGAAACGAGUCGAACGAACGUCGAAUCUCCAGGGAAAAGGGUCCCGCGCCCUUACCACCUGGUGCCACGACACGUCACGACACUGGCAAGGCAGAAGAUAAGGAGAACAUUCCAAAACCAUCAGUUACUGAAAAGAGCAAUACCGUAACUCCUGUGACAAUGGACAAGGAAAAAUCUAUUGUUAAUAAAGAAGUGGAGAAAAAAUCUGUAUCUAAGAAUGACGGUGACGAUAGAGAUAUCAAAAAAGUUCCAGCACAAAUCGUUGGUGAAGAACAAAACCAUCAUAUUCCUGUCGAGGCGCGUCGCAGUGAGGAGUGUUCGGAUAAACCAAAGUCUAUGCUCAAUGAAAAGCCAGUUGGAGAGAAGAAAAAGCCACCACCAGAAAAGCCUAUGGAUGUAGAAGUUAGAAGAAGAUCUAUGGACGAAAAGAUGAAACUCCCAGCAGAUAAGCAACAUUUGAGUAACGAGGACAAACGGAAAUCAGCACCAGUUAAACCAGUCCACGCUCCUGAUGGAGUCAAAGAACCAGUUUAUGUUAGACAAACUUCGGUGGAGGAGCGAAAAAGGCAUGAAAAGAAGUCAUUGAUUGAAGAUCAACGACCAAAAUACGACAUAAGGUACGAUGCGCGACCAGUCACAGACGAAAAUUUCCAAAGCCUGGACGAAAAACGGAAAUCUGUUGAAGAUAAACUGAAUGCUGUUCUUGAAAAACGAAUUUCGAUGGAUUCCGCAAAACGGCACUCGGAUCACGCGUCAAUCGAAACACUGAAACGCAUUUCAGGAACAAGCACAAUUUCCCAACUUUCGGGAAAACGGACACCAAAAUCGAGCUCUACUGCCGAUGUUAACUCAGACCUUGGCACUCAAACAACUCUUUUGAAAAGUCGAAGUCAAGAAGCAUCGAGCAAUGAUUCGUUUGGCAAUAAUGUUUUGAGGUCGCAGUCGGGUGAAAUUUAUAGGGGCAGUAGUCCGGAUUGGAAGAGAGAAAACCAAGCCAGAAAAGAAAAAAGUUCCGGUGAUACAGUAGACAGGUCAGAACAUAUUCAUAGGAGAGGUUCGUCCGCCGGGUCAGGAGUCGCUGUUGUGACGUCAACACCAGUGAGAAGCCGUAGUGUAUCCAGAAGCGGCAGUGGAGAUAAUGUUGUCGUUAUUACCGGUAAAACAAAACCCUCUGAACAUCAAGAAGAUAUACGAUUCAAUAAAUCCAUGGUACGAAUAACUCCAGAUACACCUGAUCCAUCGAAUAGUUUGGCCAGCAAUGUGAGCCAAGUUACCGUCGUAACAACACAUCCUCCUGUGCUUGUCGAUGCCACAGCAACUCCACCUCCGCCUCGACACCAAUCCCCGACAUCUGAAGUUGUAAUCGUUGCCAAUGAGACAAACAAAACCCAGGUAAAUGAGAGUUCGACUGACGAUGAUGGGUUUACAAGCUUGGAUAGCCUUGAAUACACGCCACAGGAACAGCCAAUUGUAAUAUGUGCCACCGAUACUUCCAAACGUGUUGGCAAGAAACUGGAUGAGUCGGAAGUUGUCAUAGUAAGCCCGAUUGUUGAUGACGAAUUGAUGGAUACCAGCCAUGUAUCUGUAGUUACCGUUGGUGAUGACAAAGAGCGAGUGAAAGAUUCAUCUGUUGUUGGCAAGAAUAGUAAUACUGGCACAUCAAUGGCAGAUCAUGUUAAUAGUAGUAAUAGUAGGAGAAGAAGGAGGAGGUCCAGUUCAAAGAGUGACAGCGGCGACGAGAUGCUAACUCCACCUCGUAUGUCGGUGAUGGUUGCUGGAACUACAGUUGGGUCGACAGAUGUCGAUGACCUUGCUAGCCCUACGAAGCUGAUGCCUAAUGGUAUUGCAAAUGUACGCAGCGAUGGUACGGCAGCAGGACCUUGGUCAACGAUGGCAAAGCAUACAAAUGAGUCAAGAGAGGAAGGUGGAGGUAAAGCAUUAAAGGAUAAACGCAUCUCACCUGACAGUAGCUGUAGUAAUGAAGGGAACUCGUCACAUCGGUCCAACAGCGAUGAGGGAUCAACCAGGUCUCACACACCUAGCAAGAGUGUCGACAGAUCUGAUGCAGAAUCUAUAUCAACGACAAUAAGCCAGGACAGCCGAGGUUCGAGCCGAGACAACCACUUGGGAAGAGAUUCCCGGCAAUCGUCAGAAAUUGACGACGAAGUUGUACUUAGAAGAAAACCUCCCGAGUACACGAGAGACGCACCGAGACAAGCGAGGACAAAGGAAGAUAUUCAGAUAAUGAAUCUUAAGAAAAAGACACGAAAGCGUACGAGAAAGUUCGAGAUUGAUGGCGUUGUAGUUACAACUACUACAUCAAAGGUAAUAUACGGAGAUGAUGAAAAUGGCAAGGUGUACGACGACCAGAUAUUUCGUAAACAAGAACUACGGGAGCUUAAGAUGUUACAAAAAAUGGAACAGAAACAAUUUCAGGAUCUGUCGCAGAAAUCGCAAUUCACCAAGGAUCAGCAGGAGAAGCGGUUUGAACAAGAGAGGCUUAUGUUGGAACGUGGGGCAGAAGGUGACCUCGAUACGUUGGCCAGACAACAGCGUCAACAGAUUGAAAGGGCUGAGACCCAACAAGAGGCUGACCUGAGGCUUGCGUCAAAAAAAAUCCGUAGUGAGCAAGAACGCGAGUUGAAACAAUUUCGCGAAGGGCUGAAGCAGGAGCUGCGACUGCUCAAGCAGGAGGUUGACCUUAUGCCUAAAGAAAGGCGAAAGAAUGCGUUUAAGAUGCGGAAGGAUAAACUCGAAGCCGAACACGAAGCUAGGGAGAAGGUAUUUUUGGAAAAGUUGAAUGAGAGCCAUGAGACGUCGCUGAGGAGGCUAUCAGACAGUCAUCGUGAGAGGAUUGCACUUAUGGAGAGACAAUUCUUGCAGCAGAAACAGCAGCUCAUGAGGGCAAGGGAAGCGGCGAUAUGGGAACUUGAAGAGAGACAAAUCAAAGAGCGUCAGCAGCUACUGAAGCGACAACUGAAGGAUAUAUUCUUUUUGCAAAGGCACCAAAUGCUGAUAAGGCAUGAAAAGGAGCUUGAGCAGAUGAAGAGAAUGAAUCAGCGUAAGGAAGAGGAGCUUGUCAAACGUCAGACUGUUGAACGUAGGAACCUUCCGAAGAGAAUACGCACAGAGAUGAAGGCUAGGGAGAUGAUGUUCCGCGAAUCAAUGCGUAUAUCAAUGACUGCUGCUCUUACUCCUGAUCCAGACGCUGAGCGUGAUAAAUUGAAAAAAUUCCAAGAGAAUGAAAAGAAGAGAUACAGGGCUGAACAGCAAAGGUUUGAAUUAAAACACGCCAGGCAGCUCGAGGAGUUGAGGGCACAGAGCGAUGCUUCCAUCAAGGAGUUGGAACAACUUCAAAAUGAAAAGCGAAAAAUGCUUAUGGAGCAUGAGACAAUGAAGCUCAAGGAGCAGGAGGAAUCCUACACGAAGGAACUUCGAGAGUGGAAAGCACAGCUUAAACCACGAAAGCAGAAAAUAGAGGCUGAGCUGGCUACGGAAAUGGAAGCCCUGGAAUCACGUUAUCCAGGUUCAUUACCGACACGUCUCAGCGACCUUUCAUUAAUCUCCUUAGACACUUCUCGCGGUGUCAGUCCUGUCGGCAUGGCUGUUGAAAUAACAACGACUACGGGCAUGUCCAACAGUUGGCGCAGGUCGCCUCGUUCUUUCGCAUCCACUUCCAGAGCUAAUUCCUACAUCAAACCUCAGCCAUCUCCAUCAGCAUUUAGUUUACCUCGUGUAUCACUCAAACAUCCUGGUUCCGAAGGGGAUGCUACUUCAUUGUCUGGGAUUGAGGGUGCUAGCCUUGACAAAAAAUCGGCAAAUCCCAACGAAUUCCGCCCACUUUCCUUGCAGACUAGAAGAACAAUUCGCUCAACAAUUGGAGGUACAGGAGGCCAUUUAUGGACCGUCGGCGGUGCCUCUAUGCUUGCCACCAGACCUCCCAGAUCUGCCUGAUCUUCCAGAUCUAACCCAUCACACCGUUGUAGCCGGUGGUUCAACGCGUAGUUCCCUGUCAUCUGUCAGUGAAGGAUAGAUUGGAAGUUAGGGGGAUUUAGCGUAGAGAGAUAAAAAACAUUUAUGAUUAGUGUAGAGAGAUAAAAAACAGAUGAAUAGAUAGCUAGGUAGAUAGGUAGGUAGGUAGGUAGGUAGAAAGACAGACAGACAGACAGACAGACAGACAGAUAGAUAGAUAGAUAGAUAGAUAGAUAGAUAGAUAGAUAGAUAGAUAAAUAGAUGAAUAGCUAAGCGAUGUAAGUAAUUAUGAAUAAUCAACAAUCUAGAGUAUGUGGUAAUAUAAAUUUCAUACACCCGAGUGAACCGAAUAUUAAACUGUAACAAUUUACCCGACUUAGCGGUUCAAUAGAAAUACUUCAAUGAACAAGUGCAUGGUGCGUGGACUAUUGGUGCGUGUAUUUGGAACAUACGAGUUUUCAGGGCGAUUCAAUUUUUCCAAUUUUUUUCUCCCAACAAAGAUUAUAGGUACGUAUGUAUAUAUGUACUCUUACGCUUCGGGCAGUUUGCUCAUAUAUAUAUGUGUGUGUACUCCGUAAGAGCACGAUUUACUGCAAUAAUGUAUUUACGUAUAUUUGAAGAAGAUAAGUCUUGCCGAAUUUCGGUCAUCAACACAAAUUGGAAACUUGAUUACUGGUAUAGCGUUAUCGAUUGCCUGCCCGUGACUAACACACGAGACAACUACGAUAUAAUAUUCCAGUUAUUUGGAUUAACAAAUUUUAAUGUUGGAAAAAAAAAAAAAAAACAAUGAAAUAACGGGCUGUGAAAAAUUGUUUCGACGAAUAAUGUUGAAAAUCCGUACACAUAUUUAUAGCAAUUAUGAGCAGGAAUUGAUUGAAUGAUGAAACCCCAAACUGAGGUAUAGUAGAAAAUAGCUGGUUUUGUAUUUGAUGUGUCGAAUGAGAAAAUAAUGGGCUACGAUAUGCUACGAAAGAUGGAGGCAGAUUUAGUGUCUUGUGCUCCAUUAUUUAAUUAGCACUCAUUGUCAAACCCUCGUUACUCGCGUUUCCCCUUGUAAUUCACGACUAUUACCUUAAAUACUUUCGAUAAUUUGAACAAGGCGACAAUAUAUAAUCGCAGAAAUUGUCGCCAGGAAUCAAAAUAUGACGCCAAAUAUUUGCUUUUUGUCGCAGAUUAGAAUAAUGCAGAGUUUAGAAUCUCUUUAAUAGCUAUGGCACAAUGAUGUGCAGGUAUAGCUGGCGUCGUGUGAAAUAAUGAUAAUGACAAUGGAAAGUCUAACCAAUGCGUGUGCAUGUGUGUUUGGUUGUAAAAAUUUCAGUUUUCACCUAAUCACCAUGCAUACUCAUUUUUAUGUAUUUUCAAUUAGUUACAAUAUGAUAAUCAAUAAUUGCAAUAAAUUGAAGAAAGUAUACAUGAUUGUAAAUAUGCAGAGACUUAGCAGGGCAAACAUGUGUCUGUACACGUAGAUUCAAUACAGCGAUGUGGUGAACGAAAAAGCUGUCGAUAGAAUAUAUCAUUAUACUUGCCAAAUUUCAUUUUAAACAAUGGUAAUGUCCGCAGUGUUUUUUUAUUCUUAUUUCGUAUGUUAAAGGAAUAAACGAAACGCUUACUUCAAUUUCGAUUAGAUUUUGUUACCCGUAACAUUUUGUAGGCGAAUGCGGCAUACUUACCAUAUAAGUACAUAUUUCGUUAAUCUGGCAGGAUGAGAGGCUUCUUGGUAUUAAAGUUGUAUGUAUACCCAUAUAUUAUAUAUACACUAUACAUAUAUUAUAUAUAUGUAUAUAUAAUAUGAAUACCCACUGUUGUAAUAGUUAUUGGCUCUCUAACUCUAUUUUCCUGUCCUCUGCUUGCUUCAUCUCGUUUUUUUCAUUCAAUCGAAUUCCUUUCAAGCGAUGUUUCAUGAAACGGCAAACUCGAUUUAUCCCAGUAGAAGCCACAAGGCACGGAAAUAUUUAUUAACAAUCUAUUCAACUGAUUAAGAUCUGGCGUGGCAACGUAACAAUCAAAGUUCAAUAUAAAUAUAUAAUUUCGGCUUUCAGUGUCACACACUGGAUUCUGUGGAAAGUCAACCAGCAGUGAUAUUAUUAACGUUAUUACUUUCACCCCAUUUGAACGGUAAUAUUAUCAUCUGCAUCCAUACCUGCAUUGGAUUGCAAUAAUUUUUUAGUUGAAAACCUUUGUUGAAUUUACAAUCCCUAUUACAUGGCCAUGACAAAUCUGAACCUUCAUCUUUGCCUGUUAUAGAAUUCGCGUGUAGGUAGUUUAUACAAGUCGUACAUAUAUGACCUGUAUACUGUGUGUAUAUAUAUAUAUAUAUAUAUAUAUAUUGCAAAUUAGUUGAACAGACGCAUACACACACACACACACACACAUGCUUAUCUAUAUAUACUUAUAUACGCACGGGUAAAAAUUUCCAUUCUUCUAAGUUUGUGCAUUUUCGGUUAUUAUCCUUGUUAUUAUCACGAUCGUCAUCAUCGUCAUUAUCAUCAUUAAUAUUAUUAUUAAUAUGGCUAUUACUAUCAUCAUUAUUAUCAUUAUUGUAAUUGUAAUUAUCACUAUUAUUAUUAUUAUUAUCGUUAUAAUUAUCGGUGUUAUUCUUAUAAUUAUAAUACAGCAGGUACUAUAGAUCCGAUCAGAGUUUGGUCUGCGCAAUUAUACACGGCAACGGGCAGAUCAUAUACCGACAAGUUUGGGACUUAUCAGAGCUAAGCCUCUAUUGUACAUUAUUGGCCACUGUUGAUAUAGUUACGAAUUAUUUUCAAGUCGUAUGUUUUAGUAAAUUGCAUUUUGUUACAUGUAUUAUUAUUAUUAUACUUAUUAUUAUUAUUGUUA